AGAGGCGGGGCCGACGCGCGGUGGGGACCGGCCCCUUCGGCCUGAGGCGCGGGGUCUCGGCGGCCGAAGGAUAAAGAUGGCGACGCCGAGGCUAGGAGCGGGGUCGCGCGGGCUCCCGCAGCCACAGCUGCUGGUGCUGCUGCUGCUGCUCCUGGUACUGCUGUUGCUGCUCGGGCCCUGGCCGGCGGCGGGUCACGGCGGCAAAUACUCGCGGGAGAAGAAUGAGCCCGAGUUGCUGCCGAAGCGCGAGCCCCCGAACUCCCCCGGCGGGGAGUUCCGCAUGGAGAAGCUCAACCAGCUGUGGGAGAAGGCCCAGCGGCUUCAGCUUUCCCCCGUGAAGCUGUCCGAGCUCCAUGCGGAUCUGAAGAUGCAAGAAAGGGACGAAUUCGCCUGGAAGAAGCUAAAGGCUGAGGGCCUGGACGAAGGUGGAGAGAAGCAGGCCAAGCUCACGCGCAACCUCAGCGUGAUCCUGGCCAAGUACGGCCUGGAUGGGAGAAAGGAUGCCCGGGCCGUGAGCAGCAACUCCCUCAGUGACCCCGCCGAGGAGGACAGCCUGGAGGACCCCAGGCUGGAGAAGCUGUGGCACAAGGCAAAGACAUCUGGGAAGUUCUCCAGCGAGGAGCUGACCAAGCUGUGGCGGGAGUUCCAACACCACAAGGAGAAAGUGCGCGAAUACAACGUCCUGCUGGAGACGCUGAGCAGGACCGAAGAAAUCCAAGAAAAUGUCAUCAGCCCGUUGGACGUGAGCCACGUCAAGGAAGACAUGCUGCACAGCAAACACGCGGAGCUCAAGGACCGGCUGCGGGGCAUCAACCAGGCCUACGACCGCCUGCGCAAAGUCAGCCACCAGGGCUACGGCACCGAGACCGAGUUCGAGGAGCCCCGAGUGAUAGAUCUGUGGGACCUAGCCAAGUCUUCCAACUUCACUGAGAAGGAGCUGGAGUCCUUCCGGGAGGAGCUUAAGCACUUUGAAGCCAAAAUCGAGAAGCACAACCACUAUCAGAAGCAGCUGGAAAUCUCUCACCAGAAACUGAAACACGUGGAGAGCUUCGGGGACCCAGAGCAUGUGAGCCGCAACAAGGAGAAGUAUGCCAUGCUGGAGGAGAAGACCAAGGAGCUGGGCUACAAGGUGAAGAAGCAUUUACAGGAUCUGUCAGGCCGCAUCUCCAGAGCUCGCCACAAUGAACUCUGAAGGCUGCAGGAGGCACCGGCGGGAAGAGGCGGGGUGCUGGGCAUCUGCCUGAGCAUGGCCCAGGGACCUGCGGUGGCGCUGGACACAAGACAGGACCUUGGACAUGGCAUGUGGGGCCCGGCCAGACAUCCCUCACGCAGAAGGACUGCUUCUGAUUCCCUGGGUGCCUGAUGAGCCAUGUAUCAGACUCGUGUGAAUCUGUAGCUGCAAGUACUCUUUAAAAACAACAUGUCACACGGUGUCAGUUGUCUGUGAUGUGACCUGUCCCUUGGUGGGGUCUCUGCAUCUGCAUCUUGCUCCUCUUCCACCCCCUCAACCCCCUGUGUCUUUGCUGUGUGAGUGUGACAUGCAUGGGGUCGAGGGCCUCCCAGGGCCACAGUCCCCCUGGUUUGACCCCCGAGAGCAGGGUGGAUUGAAUUUGGAAGGGAGGGGUGACCUCUGGCCCAGGCCUGCUGGGGGCUCAUACUGACCCUGCUGGCGUCUCCCUUCCCACCUCAGAGACCAGGCCCGGGCACUGAGGUGGGACAGCUCCAUGGGGACCCUCCCCUGACUUCACUGCAGGUAGUUCAUGUGGCAGUCUGAUACAGUUCCCAGGUCUGAACUUGGAAGAGGCUUGAUCCCAGCACCGUACUCUGCAGUGACCCCGUCUCAGCCUCAGGUGUUGGGACCCUCCAGACACAGCUAUCCCAUGAGCUGCUAUUCUAAGAAUCAAGUCCACGAGGAGGCGUGGCAAGACCCCAUGUGUCGGGAUGCAGUGAGACCAAGCAGGGAUGUGGUCCCUCCUCUGUGGGCCACUGGGCUCAGGGCAGGCCUUGCUGCUGUCCUCUCCAGCACCAGAGCCUCGCCCUAGGCCUCCACAUCAUGCCUGCCACCAGCCUGGUUGUUGUGUCCCUUAUGGCCAGGCCUAAUUAGCAGGGCAGGGUGAUGGGCUGCUCAGAAGGUGGCCCAGGACUAGAGAAGGGCUUACUAUCGGGCUUCUGCAGAGCUUCCUGGGGGCUCCAAGCUCUGGGGCACACGCUCCUGUUCUCUGAGUGCCCCUGUGUGGGGUGCAGGGCCUGGGAGGAGGUCGGGCCCAGGACAGGGAGACCAACAGGACGGGACGCUUGACUCCAUUUACCAUCUCAGGAACUGACGACUAGAGGGAGCCCUUGGCCUUCAGACAUGCUGGAGAACCACCUAGGUCUCUGGGAUUUGUCAUUGUCUCUGCCCCUGGAGGCAGCAGGUAUGGGGGCGGCCCCCCACGCAGGGGGCCAGUGGCCACACUGAGAUUCUGAGAAAUUGCUGUGAAGUAGGGCGGAUUCAUAAAAGGGCACCAAAUGCCUGUGGCUCAGCCCGCCCGCAAAAGUGUUCUGGAGCCAACCCGCAGGUCAACAGAGAUGACCCACGUCCUAGGAUACCUCCACAUUCCCCUCCUGCAGCCAACCACUGAGCUUGUGUCCCCACAAAGUCCAGGUACUGGAACCCAGUUCCCAUGGUGCCAGUGUUCCCACUGGGACCUUUGGGUAAUGAGAUCAUGGGGAUGGAGCCCUCAGAUAGGAUCAGUGUCCUCAAGGCCCCAGAGAGCUCCCAGGCCCUCCCUGCAGGUGCAAGUGUCCACAAACCAGGAGGCAGCCUGUGCCAGGCAGGCUCUGCCUGCACUGCGAUCACAUCCAGCCUCCAAGACUGAGAAGGACAAGUGUGGUUCCGGCCCCGCGGUCUGUUGGAAGCAUUCACACCAUGUCAACAGACCCCAACAGACCCACGUUCCUGAUGGAGCCAGAUCGGAUCUUGUUGGAUGGACCUGAAAUGACAGCCCCUGGCUGUGUGUGUUGGGGUGGGGCAUCUGCUUCUAGCCACUCUGUCAUGAUUUGGCCACAAUGUCCCAUGGAAACUCGUGUCACCUCUUCAGGGCCAUGCAGUGUUCUGUAGUAGGAAUGUGCAAGGUUGUCCAGUUGUCUGUGAUUUGGGUUGAGAGCACAGCUGGGAGGGCUGUGGUGAAGGGUCCUGUGUGCACCUGUGCAUGCGCGCGCGCGCGCGCGCACACACUUGUGGCUCCCAGGAGUGCCGGGGAUGGUCCCACAGCGUGGCCGCCCUGGCGCAGAGUGUGGUCCCAACUGGUUUUGUGGAGGACUAGGGCCUGCGCCUGCCACUGACCCACAGGGUGGCACGCGUUCCUCUGUCUUCAGUCUGUGGUCAUCGACAUGAACUGUGCUCGUUCCAGGUCCGGUUGCAGAGUUGCUCAUCUCGGGGCAGGGGAUGACUGUGAGAGGUGGGGAGGGAGCGCAUGCAGAGCCCAGGUGUGCAGAGCCAUGCUCCAUAUGCACUCACAGCUCCACAUGCCUGGGUGGUAGUCCCUGGAACCAGCUGCUUACCCACUGGGCAGCCGCUGUGCUUGCUCACCACUGCUUGCUUUCGCCUGUCUGUGUAUUUUCCACACGAGGGACCAGACCAGGACGACGUGUAGGCAUGUCUCUUCUUUUCCACUCCGUGUCUGUGGGCUUUGUACAGCAGUGUACUCCGCUCAUUGCUGGAGGGUCUUCUGGUGCCUGGACCUUGCAGUGAAUUCUGGUUGCCCACCGAUGACCACUUGUUAACUUAUUUGGAAACAUUGGCACCAUUCUUCACACAGAUGUUUUCCUCUGUUGGUUCGGUGCCUUUGUCAGAGAUCAAGUGUGCAUGCGGGUGUGGCUCUGUUUCUAGACUGUCCAUCCUCAGGCUCUCGGGGUCUUGGUUACAGUAGCUUUCUACUAGAGCUUGGAGUUGGGCACAUUUUCCUCUUUUUAAAGAUUCAUUACAGGUGUUUUGUGUUUCCAUAUACACCUUAGAAUCAGCUUCGUGUUUUUUUUUUAAAAAUGACUAGAAUUUUGACACCUUGAGUUUUGAUCACUUUGGGGAGAAUGGACGUCUUAGUAUCAGGUCUCACGAACCUUUCUGUUCCAAACCCAUUUACUCAGCCUGUCUUGCAUCUCUCUCGACAUAGACCCUGAAUGUUUCCACAAGAUUUAUUCCUAGAUGUUUGGUGUUUUCUGCUGUUGGCGGUAGUACGUUUUCAUUUCUUCACGGGGUGGUUUUCCUGUGAUGACCUUCUAUCCUGUGGCCCAGAUCCCAGCAUAUCUGCACACUUGCUUGUGUUCACUUGUGUCUGUCAGACGGCAGUCUUGCUUCUCCCUUGAGCACCAUGCCUUCUCUGUGCACACUCACCAGCUUGUCUAGCCCAGUGUUGAGUGGCUGGGGCAGAGGGGCCACCCCUCUCUUCUGAUCUUCACAGGACACAUUUAGCCUGCCGGUUAAGUAGUUCAUGGCCUGUGGAGCUGUAUGAAUGCUUUUAUAGAUCAUGGGGACUCCUAGCUUGCUAGUUUUCAUGAACAAGAGUUGAAAGCUGUCAUGUGCUUUUCAUGCAUCUACUGAGAUGAUCAGAAAGGUUGGCUUCUUGACUGAGUUACUGUGGUGAACCUCACUGAUUUUCGAAUGCUAAAAUAACCUGUAUUCCUGGACGGUCCCCGCUGGCCAUGAUGAUGGUCCUACCUUGGCAUAGCCGGAUCCAAUUUGCUGAUGGACGUUUGCUUGUCUCCACCUGAGGGAUACUGGCCUGUGCUUCUUGCUCUCAUCACAGGCCUUCUGUCACGUUUGGUAUCACAUCAGACUAAGAGGAGCGGGGAGCCCCCCUUCCUAGGCUCUGCUGUGGUGUGUGUGUACUCGGCCUUCUUUCUUUCUUCAUGUGCAGUGGCUCUCAUGGGAGCCAUCUAGGCCCAAAGCUUUUCUCGUGCUAGAGUUUUAUAUUAACUUUUCUGUUUCUAAUACUAGUUACAAGGCUGUUUGGAUUGUCUAAUACUUCUUGUGUCUUUAUGUGUCUAUCAAGGAAUCUCAUCUGAGUUGUUAAAACAAUUGGUGCAAAGUUA